CUGUACUAUACUAUUUGGCAAUAAUGCUACCGUUUGAAGGAUUUGUAGUAUUAAAAAUGUGACGUUGUAUCGGAUACUGUGAUUUAAAUAACGUAUAAUCUUGCAGGACUGUUGAAAACUGACGUUACAUCAGAGUUGUCGCUAUAUCCGAUGUUGUUAUAACUAAGUUCUGCUGUAUUUUACAUUUGAAUGUCUUUUGGGUUGAAUGGUAAUCUUAUAAUUAUUUUAUGGUAACAUUGGAAAAAACAUUUUCUUUUGAAGGUGGACGUAUGAGGAGAUUAGUAGAUAGUUUCAGAUAUGCUGCAUUUUCAGUUAGUGAUAAAUCCAUGUCUGUAGACGGAAAAUUUAUUCCUUCUAAAGAGAUGAGACAACAACAAAUGCAACAAGUUUACGAGAAUUUCAUGAAAAGAUUAUAUUGUAACAGGUCAUGGUCCAUGUGGUUAACUUUUUGCGAAGUUUUGAAUUUGGCUAACAUUAUUUUGCAAAUUUACUUCACCAACCAGUUUCUAGGUGGUCAAUUUUUAAAGAUAGGUCACGAAAUAUUCUACAAAGGUCUAGAACCUAGCGUGGAUGUUUUAGAUGUUGUAUUUCCAAAGGUGGCCAAAUGCACUUUCCACAAGUACGGUCCCUCAGGAUCAAUUCAGUCCCACGAUGCCAUGUGCAUUAUGGCUUUAAAUAUAAUAAACGACAAGAUCUACACGUUCCUCUGGUUCUGGUUUUUAUUCUUGCUGAUCGCGUCCAUUUUGGGAACGGCCUGGCGUUUAGUCACGUAUUGUCUACAUGCACGCAGUCAUCAGUUCAAUGAAACGGUAUUCUCCAUGUCUUGUCCGGGUCGGCUUAACCCAUGGGACGUGGUCACCGUGACCAAACACUGCAGUUACACCGAUUGGCUUUUCCUAUACUACGUGUCGAAGAACAUGGAUGGAAUAGUGUUCCGGGAACUGCUCAUCGGACUCGCUGAAGAAUUGGAUAAGAGAAAUCCACUGACGAGGAAAUAUGGCGAGAAUGAAACAAUGAUAAAGAAGGAAUGACCUCAUCGGUCAUUAUCAUAUAUACGAUUGAUAGCACAAUCAUCUCUACUAAUGAGCUUUAUUAUAAUCAUGAAUUGCUGCUAGGACUUUCUAAUUAUUUUCAGAAAGGUUUGAGUAAUUGGGGAAUUUUUUGAAAUGUUUGUAGUUGUCUGAUGUACCUUUUAAAAUGACAUUGAAGUAACGUAAAGUUGGUAAUAAGGUUUAACCCAACCACGAGUAAAAUAAUCGAAAAGCUUUGCGUAACUUGAUAAGUUGUAAUUAUAUACCACACCGCUGUUAUUCGCCUGUUAUUGUGGUGUUUGUUAACGUUAGUUUUUUAAAUUAUCCGUUUUAGUCUUAUUGAAAUAAACAGUUAGUGAUGCAGCUAAAUCAUCUUCUAUCCAAUUGUUAAAAUUUUGAGGUUAGCGUUUAAUACUCCUACAUAAACGUGAAAGCGCUCAAUCUGACACCGACAGUACCACCAAUAUCACGUCAUUUCAUAGUUACCUUUAUGUCUAUUUGGAAUGCCUACUUUCCUAAUAACCAUGUUCAAAAGGUGGCAAGAAGAGGAGGAAAUCUAACCUCACUAUUUGUAAACGUAUUUCGAAAUAGAAUAGUAAAGUAAAAAAGAAAGAGAAAUAAUUAUUGUUUAUAAGUACCUACCUACUAAAAUAUGCUACAAAUGUAAUUAUAUCUCUACUUCAAAACCAUUUUCAUAAAAAAAAACUAGGUAAUAAAACCAGAGUAAUUCUAUUUUAAAUACUACUAGUACGUAAGUCAUAUUCUUAAAGUGCUUCACUUAAUGAUAUUUAUAUUGUACUUUUAGUUGAUUGUAAAUGUUCAUUAGAAAACCAAUUGACCAUAAUUAGUACGUUUACGAUAACCACGAACCCUUAAAUUCACACUAACUUUUAAUGACUUUUUAAUACUGGUUAUCAAGUCAUAUAACCUCAAGUUUAUUUCAUGUUGUUAAACGUAUGAAUGGUUAUAAAUUGUUUGUUUAAUUUCCGUAAAAAUGUACAUGCAUGCAGGAAAUCCGCAACAAAAUCACCAAUUAUAUAUGUAAUUAGGAUACAUUUAUAAACUGCACAAUAAAACUGAAAAAACCGCAAUAAUUUAAGUUGGCAGCGUAUACUGUUAGAUAAUUUUUAAUAAUUAACAUUACUCUGUUUACAUGGCUUUCAUAAUUACUAUGAAACAGUGGCUACUACUUUCUAGGAAAGCUGUUACUGUUUUUGUAAUGUAAUAGUAUCCAUUAACCCACCCUGGCAUUAUAUUUACAACUUUUAUUACAUACAUCCAAUUCUUUAGCUUGCCCUUGUAAUCCACAAGGCCAUAUCAUUAUAUCAUUUUCGGAGCACCGGGAGAUUAUGCGCAAUGUGAUGAAGCAUCAAGUUGACCACAGUAUGCGCUUGAAACAACGCGUAAUAGCAUUGCGGCUAGCCACAAUCCCAACCACCAGCGGUCACCAACCGUUAUUAAACAACAAAAAAAACAAACCCAUAUUGCCCACAAUAACACAUUAUUAAUUUAUAGCAACUGUCCGGGUAACUGUCGGAAAGGACGCACUACUACAAGCGCAGAAAGCCCUUUGUAGGCUGCCGUAACAAAACGUGUUUAUUGCAAAUAUGAUUGUCGUUACCUGCGGUCAACUUAACGGCUGAUCGCAUUGCGGGUAGCCGCGUCGUAUAUGUGAAGCCUUACAACGAAGGUGUUCCACAUGUUUUUCUUAUCGAAACAAGAUUCUUAUUAAAAUUAAUAAGAAAACGAAAUGUGCGCUGUAACACACAGUAGAAGUGAAACUUCAACGGACAAGUGGAAAAACGAAUCGCAACAAAAUUUUUACUUUAAGUUUUACGAGCAGGUUAUUAAUGUACUUUUCCGAUUUGAGAACCAGACAAAAUCUUUACUUGAAGUUUUACGGGCAGGUUUUCAAAUUGGUCAAGUACAUUGACAAUCUGCCCGUAAAACUUG